AUGUUCGCUGUCUCGUCGACGUAUCUGGCCAUCUCGAUAGCGAUCACUGACUUCCUCAACGGAGUUCGCGGUCCUGUACCUGGCUGGUACUUUCUAGCGCAGUGGUACCUGCCCACAGUCAAUAGCAUGGCUACUUUGGGGCCGAAGAAGACUUAUCGCUGUUGUUGCGUUUACCUUUCUGGCAUCAUCGUUAAUAUCUCGAUAUAUCGUAGUUUCAUCAAGACCAAUCUAGGCAGCUCCAGCCGUCGCACGAAGGUCGAGAGAGUUCUGGCUAUAUUAGUUGAGUCGGGGGCCUUGUACUGUUUCUUUUGGACCUCAGUGAUCGCGACAAACUGCGGCUGGAUAUUCCGUACUCAAAAGACAGUCAACGAUUUUUCCCCGGCACUUGAAUCGGACUUCGUCACGAGCAAUAUCCUACAGGACGUUUCUGUGCAUCUAUCUGGAAUCUACUCUGUCAUCAUAGUCGUGCUGGUCCAUCUGCAGAUGACCAUUUGGGACACGAUAUACACAAUCGAAAUUCCGCUUCCGCCUUUGACCGUCGCUUCAGUUCGAUCGCACAACAUACCUACAAGUACACUAACAAGCUCGGACCGAGCAUCGGCGGGAACAGCUGAGGUUCCACAGUAUGCCGUGAUGCCGGCUGGUAUAGAAGGUCUUGAGGCAAAAGGAGGUAGUGUAGAAGGAAGUAGUGGACAAAGCUGA